AUGCAUAAAAUCCUUCUCUUCUUCAGCUGCUUGACACAGCACAGACAAGUAGCAGUGCCAGCCAGAGGCCGCACCAGAGCCUCCCCACAGAGAGAAGACAAAGGAACUGCAGGACCCUGCGGACCCAACCCAGCAGCAUCCCAAGCAGGGCUCAGGCAUGCCGCGGGAGGGGAACUACAGAUUGGGCUUCUCAGAGCCACUGUCCCUGGAAUCAAGCUCUCCCCAGGUUCCUCUCUGAAUGAUCACACAGGGUCAUACACCACUGUAUUGGCUGGGGGGGGGGGCAGCGUCGCAACAGCGGUGGGGGGGGUGAGAGAUGGACCAGACACAGACACACCGGCCAGCAGAAGGGAUGACACCCCACUGCAGGGCACAGCAACUUCCACCACGGCUGCAAGAGAAGCAGGAGGAGAUGUGGUGAUGAGAGUGAUGCUCCCGCAGCUCAUUGACACCGCCACCUUCAACCUGGCUUUCUUGAUGGUCACAGAGGCCGCCGCUGCACCACAAAGACAUUUGUUAUUCACUAGAAAAUGUCAGAAUAAGCCCUCUACUGUUCUCCAAGGAUGA